CCCGCUGCCUGUCGUCCUUCCUGCCUUUGCUGAGGGAGGGGACGGUGCUGACGGCUGGGAGGACGAGAGGAGAGACAAGAAAGCUUUGGGGAGAUAUUAGAGUGGGAAACGGCCCAGGUUUCCACCGUCCGUCGGGAAAUAAACACCCCUAUUUUCUGAAACGGUUUGAUUUGUCAUCGAAUCGGAACUGAAGAUGUCGACCAGUCGUCAGCUUAGCGAGAGCAGAGCCAUCCCGACCAGGACGGUGUUGAUCAACGACACAACGCAGCUACCUCAUGACUAUUGUACCACCCCUGGAGGCACUUUAUUCUCUACCACUCCCGGAGGAACCCGGAUCAUCUAUGACCGUAAGUUCCUACUGGACAGACGUAACUCUCCCAUUGCCCAGACUCCCCCGGCUCACCUGCCUGUCAUUCCUGGAGUGACCAGCCCAAAUGUCCUGAGAGAGAAUAAGAAGAACGAAGCCAACAACCACAUAAAAAACAAACAUGAUGGCAAGCCCAUAACCGGUGAUGAUGCUCAGUUUGAAAUGGACAUCUAACAGACUGGAACUCCACCAGCAAAAGAAUAUGACCUGGCAUCACCCGUGUCAGUGGCUUGGCUUGUAGAAGAAACCGAUGUUUGUGGAGCCCUCAUGGCAUCUUCUUUAGCUCUCUGUCUCGCUGCUGGAUGUAAUGUGUGUAAACCAUGGGAAAUCAGUGUAUCAUACAAACCGGUACAUUGUCACCAACUCUGGGAAACUACGUUCAUUGUAUAGAUUUCCAUUGAUACCAGUCACUGUAAAAAAAAAACACACAUUGAAGGAGCGGGGCCCCUCCAAAAUGGUUGUGUACCCAAACACAUUGUCCAAUCCGCAGAUUUUAGCACUCAUCUUCCAGCUUUCUGUGAGUCAUGAUCUCUAACAGAGCACACUGUAAAACGGACACAAUUCCAAGAUAAUUUGGGGGAGGAAGUGGUAAUUUUAGUACUGGCCUUAGAAUUAUUCAAAAGCUUUGAUAUUCAUCACAUAUUUUGGUUUUGAAGACGCAUGUUAUUUAAGUGAUUUUAGUUUGUGUUUGCUAUUUGGUUCUACUUCAAAUCUCCAUAAUAUAUUCUCAAUUGUUUGGUCUGGUAAAUUUCCUGCGAUAGUAUGCAAAGGGACGCUGUGUUGUUUUUAUUUUGCAAUUUGAUGAAGAUUUCAUGCCAUUCCAAGACUCUAGUUCCCAUUAACACCACAAGCCCAUGUGAGAUUUAGAUUAUUUAAGAAAUUGAAUUUUAGGCUGUUUUUAAAUGUUUUGUAAUCAUCAAAUUAUUGUAUUUCCCACUAUGAUGUCAAAUUAUUUAUAAUACUGAAAAACAAGCAUUUUAUUAACAAUUAAUUUAAAAGUCAAUGUCAAGCCUUUCAAUUCAUCACUAUGACGAUCUGGCUUUACAGUUUCUCUCCUGCUGAGAAAAGUGAAUACCUUUUCUCCAGAUUUGACUUUGACCUAACUGGUUAGGUUUGUAGACAAGAUCUUUGUGUUGAUAUUAGGUCAAUCUAAGAAAGGGAGGAAUACGUGGCAAUAUCUGUCAGUCUUCUGUGUCCACACCAGAUACACAUUUCAAUUAAUGUGAUAAUGGUUAAUAUCCCAAUGGUAAUUUUUAAGUAAAAUACAACAAGAUUUUUGAAAAACUUUAAAUAAUCCACAUAUUUUAUAUGCAUUUUAUUUUUGAAUACAGUUUCUUAGUAUUGAGGUAUUUGUUUGGGUAUCAGUUCUGUCAAGCCUUUGGAUUUGUAAAAAGUGUCACAGAUCCAGAAGACAUUGUUUGCGUCAGGCUUGAUAGAUGUUGUCCCAUAAUCUACAAAUCUGACCCCAGUGUCCUUAAAUCAUCAUACAUUACCAUAUUAUUUUAAUGUCUGUCCAUGCCUUACUUUACACCAAAUGCAGUAACUAAAACUAGGUUCCUAGUCAUCAAUUUGUACUUUCCAACAGAUGUUUAUUUUUUCACUGUAACAUUGAACAGGAAACAUUGUACUUGGCACUUAAGACGAAAAACACGUCUUUUUAUGGAUUUUGAUUUUGUUAUGUUUUUUUCUUCCUAAAGCAGCUGUGAAGUUUUUGAAAGUGUGAUGGUGCCAUUUUGGGGUUUUGAGCUCCAGGUGGCAACGUGGCUAAAAUAAUGCCACUUGCUGUUUGAGUCCCAAUAGUUUAUUUAUUUUUUCUUUUGCACCACAAUCAGUUUGCUAAUUGUACACUUUCCAAGUAGCAACUCCUAACUUUAUCAUCAUGAAGUACCCCUUUUAUUUUCAAAUGUAUUCCCACCACAAGUUUGUUUCUAUGAGUGGAACCACCGAAUGGCUGAAAUGAUGUCUAGCAAGGAUUUUCUUUUUUUCUUCUAGGCUUUUUAGUUCAUUCGGGUUAUUUCUGGUGAUAAACACAUUGAGGAGUUGCUUGAAAACCAAUUUGCAUUGCACAUUUUUGCUUUCUAUUACGGCAUCAUAAUUCAUAUUGCAGAUUUAUUUCAAAUCCGUUUGGUUUCACAAUGAGGGCUUAACAUUGUGUGUUGAAAGAGAUUUGAAAUAAACUUACUGUAACUUUCUGUUCUGAAUUUAAGUAACUUUAUUUUAAAUGAAACUCCAAUGCCAGUGGACACUUUUGCUGAAAGAUCAAUAAAGUUCCGUAAGAAAGAA